GAAUUACUCAGGUCGCGUCCUCCAGGUGACAGGUGGCUACACAGGUGAUGCGCUCAAAAUCGUGGCGCAGAGGUACCAGCAUGUGGGGGGCGUUGGAUCAGCUGAGGAGUUGGUGAGCGUAGCGUGGCACCCCGAGGAAGAGAGCGAGACGCAGCCGGAACCGAGGCAGGACGGGGCGUGGUGGUGCGCACUCAGUUCUCUGAAUCCAUCUUUGGCGUAUCUGUGGACUCACUGAUGCCGGGGAAGCGUCGGCGUCUCCUGAACCUCACCGUCACGCCACACACUGGAAAACACUGGCAGGUGAGCCUACAUGUGCCAAUUAUCUCUACAGCCCUCGAGUGGGAGACGAAGCUCUGGAAAAAUCAGGGCAAGCAACAUUGGGAAGUUAAUGGGGAAGUCAAGUCUACCAAAUCUGACAUAUCGUUAGAAUUCGUUCACUUCAAGCAGGAGAAGCAGGACGAGGAGACUCAGGUCACGGAUGACAGAGGUGAGGCUGGCAGGUGUGAUGCUGAAGGUUGUGGGGACGGCAAUGUCAAGGAGCCAAAAGCCAAGUCGCGGCACCACGUCGACAGUGAUUGCGACUCAGAUUUAAGAAAAGAACAGACAGUAGACCAGAAUGAAGUUUGUAGUGGUCGAGAUCAUAAAUCAGAAGACUUAAAGCAAAAUGAUCCUGAUUCCGUAAUGUUAAAUGUAGACGAAGAAUGUUCCAAGAAAGCGGAGUGUGAUGGACCGGAAGAGUCAGUGUCAAGUGAAGCUGUUCAAGAGACUACACAAAAAUUAACUUCCCGGGUUUUCAGCCUUUCUUCCAACAUGAAAACUUUCGUCUCAUCUGACGGAGGACGCUGGAUUCGGAUCCUGCAGCGCACACACCUGGCAUUCUGUCCUCACGUUGGCUGGAACUUGAACCAAAUAUUUCGGUUCAAUCGUGACUGGACUGGGUGGGAGUACGUGGUGAACACCUGGGAGUGGGGCAACAUGGUGGUGAAGGCGGAGUGGGGCGUCUCUCUCCUGCAGUGGUACCAGAAAACUUUCAGCUUCUCUUUCGACCAGGCGGCGGCGCUCCCCUCCACGCAGCUGGUCCUGGAUUUCCGUGACUGGUGGAGCUACAAGGUGUGGCUGAAGUGGCCGGUCCUCGCGUCCUCCCUCGCCGCUUCCCUCACGCUUGGUCGCGACAAUCACACACUGCUGGGCGAGUCAGACCGUGUGGGGGUGACGUGGGAAGUGAAGAAAGUGGACGAGUUUCUGGGUGAGGACGCCGGAAAGGUGGUGGCGCGGGUGGUAGCGCGACACACCGCUGCUGGCUUGGUGGUGACCUUCCACGCCGACACCGCCAGCAGGCAGGAGCUCCACGAUACCGUCACUGCCGUCCUUGCUCAGGCCAUGGAGAGCCCUGACCUGUGUGGCGAGGUGCCUGACCACGCCACGCUUCUGAAGUUCCUGCACGACUUCCUUGGACAGUCACCGGCGAGUCUCUGGGCGGAUCUGCUGCAGGAAGUCCGUCGCCUGCUGCUGGGGUCUGGCACCGAGGCAGACUUACAUCACCUGCUGGAAGUUUUCAGGGAGGAAAUGGGGACAGCAGAAGGCGUAGGAUUGUGGGAGGCAGUAUGGACGGUGCUGGAGCGGGCGGGGCUGCUGCGUUCCCGCGGCGAGGAGGUGGAGGUGGUGGUGCCCUCCGAGUGGAUUAGGCUGGCGCAGGGGUGGUUCACUUGGGCUGUCAUGGGAGGCGGCCGGCAGUGCGAAGGCAACACACUGAUGGUUAACCUGGUGGAUGCGCUGGCGGAGACCCUGAGGCGAAGUGGCAGCGGGCAAGCAACCUUUUGACCCACCAGUCAGACAAACUUUUAUGUUCGUUCUGAAGGCAAAUCAAAAGCAGGAAUUUGUUACCAAAACCAUAAAUAAAUGACGUCAUCGUACAUCUGGCAUCCAUUCGUGUAGCUGCUAUACAACACUAUAUUGUUUAUUUAUUUAUUUUUUUACUUUGUGUUGAUUAAUUGCUUGCUUAUUCUUAGAAAAUAUGUAGGCGAUAAUAUCAACAUAAAUUAUAUACAUGUAUUCAUUUCAUUGGGACUAUUCACUCCUGUUGCUACGUUCUCAUGUUCGUUUGUAUUGAAAAAUGUUCCCUUAAUUAUCAAUACACCCAACCAUCAAUAAUUAUUAUAGUAAUAUCAAAAUAAAAUGUUCAUUGUUAAAUACUGGAUCAAAAUAAAGCCAAUCAGGGACCUCGACACUUGCUUUACCAUUUACGUAAGAAAGAAAACCCCGUUGAAAAAGCAGAAUCAACUGGACUUCCGCGGGAAACUACAACAAUCAUCAUCAGUCCACUGCUAUUUCCUCCGCGUAAAAGCAAUGCAAGAUGUGCUACCUCGUUUUGGAGGUGUUUUCAGGACACAGGGAAGGAAGAUGAAACCUGACUAUCUUGCACCUCAAAGACUCAAAACAGACCACCACCACCACCACCACCACCACCACCACUACCUAACGCUGUGUCCAGGCUGGAAUGUGUGACCUCUCUGCCAGGAAUGUCACCGUCCUCUCACACUCUGACACCAAGUACCUCACAACACCUGCAAUACUACACCUCUGAGCCCCCCGGAGCGUGGCUACUGCGAGGCGCUGCUGGCCUUCACACUCCAUCCCCUGCGCCCUCCUGUCAUUACAUCGCCUUUCCAGCGAAGGCAUUACUGCGAUGGUUAUGCGGCUUUUGAGGGGAGUAGCAGCCGCCCAUCGCUGGGAAGGACGCGCCUCACCCUGGCGGCCCUGCUCGGUCCCUUCCACGACUCGCAGCGAGAGAGAGAGGUCGAGGUGCGGUGGUCUCGUGGCGGAAGGCUGAAGGAGGCGGUGAAGGAGUGAAGGUGUGAAGUGUGCAGCUUCCACUUCAUCAUCCCAUGAACAGCCCACAGGAAUCUCUACCAGCACCUGGUUAUUAAACAGUGUUGUCACGCCAGGCCCAAUGUACUCCAUUGCAAUCAGGGAGUCAGGGAGUCAAGCUUCACCAGGAAAAGAGGCAGAGCGUCACCACCUUCAAGCCCCACAAGAGGUAUUAAGUAUCGUUGGGACAAAGCAAUCAGGGAAGAGUCAAGUUGCAGUAAGAAGAGUGUCAAGAAUUUCAAGCAGGAAGAACACGUAAAAUUCCCUUCAAGUCAUGGCGGGACCGACAGGCAACCUUCAACACUUGUGGAGGCACGAGAGCUGCAGGCAGUUUCACAAAGAAGAGGUUGCUCCUCACUCAAGUUGACGCAAGGACAUAAGAAUUGGCAAGUGUUGUUGCUCCCAGGCCCUGCUGCAAGAGUUCUCCAGUCCACUCCAGUCUGGGAAGGAAGAAUGUAGCAAGUCCCUCUCUUCUGUAUUCAACAACCACCACCACCACCUUCAUUCAGGCUUGGGAUAAGUUUUGUACAUUCCAGCACUUCAGUAAUAAGGAAAAAAAGUGCCAUGUUUAUAUUAUUGUUGUGUAUUUAUUCACUUAACAUUCACAUUAAAACAAUAAACAUUCAGUAUACCAUCUUGAACAUAA